GUGAGCUGUGAUUGGUCACAGCUUGUCACAUGGUACAAGGCUUUUGUGAAUAGCCUUGUACCAUGUGACCUCUGUGAUCAUUCACAGAUUUCACACGUAGUAAGCAAUGAUGUCAGAAGUGACAUCUUGCUUACUACUUUGCAUGUGAUCACUGAUUGGCCAAUCAGUGAUCACAUGAUCGGGACCUCGUACAGAGGUCCCGUCCGACGAUCGGUGUUUCACUGUGUCCGGAGGACACAGCGGGCACCGGAUCGCGUGCUGCAUGCUCCCAGGGAGCGCGCACAAGCUGGGAGGACAGUUAUA